UAACACGUGAUUUAACAUGGCGGCUAUCAAACGAUAAAGGCGCGAGAUUUGGGUUUUCCAAGAAACCUGCUAGCAUUAGCGUCCGUAUUUAUCUUAAACUUAUAUUUUUAAUCCAUGGCUCAAAAAUCAAACAAGAAAAGCAUCGUCGACACGAUGGAGAACUACCAUAUACUGGAGCUAAUUGGCGAGGGAUCUUUCGGUAAAGUUUAUAAGGGGAGAAGGAAAUACACUGGAAACUUUGUAGCUUUGAAAUUCAUACCCAAGACUGGAAGGUCAGAAAAAGAGUUGAAAUGCCUUCAGCGGGAGAUCGACAUAAUGCGGGGGCUACAACACGAGAAUAUUAUCAGACUGCUUGACUCAUUUGAGACCCCACAAGAGGUAUGUGUUGUUACUGAGUAUGCUGCUGGCGAGCUUUUCCAGAUUCUAGAGGAUGAUGGCGCACUGCCUGAGGAACAGGUGCAACGUAUCGCUUGCCAACUGGUAAAGGCACUUUACUACCUUCACUCUCACCGCAUCCUUCACCGAGAUAUGAAACCACAGAACAUUCUCAUUGGAAAACAUGGAGUUGUUAAGCUUUGUGACUUUGGAUUUGCAAGAGCUAUGAGCAUUAAUACUCUGGUCCUUACAUCUAUAAAGGGAACUCCAUUAUAUAUGUCACCUGAGCUGGUUCAGGAGAAACCAUAUGACUACAACUCUGACCUAUGGUCUCUUGGAUGCAUCUUAUAUGAGCUGUGUGUUGGCACUCCACCUUUUUACACCAAUAGCAUCUUUCAACUUGUGAACCAGAUAUGCAGGGAUACAGUGAAAUGGCCAGAAACAAUGAGCCCUGAUUUUCAGAGUUUUUUACAAGGAUUACUGACAAAAGAUCCAACCAAGAGGCUGACCUGGCCACACCUACUGCGCCAUCCAUUUGUGUCCAGUAACAUAAACGAAGCUGAUCUUGAAGUUGAUGGGAUUCCUCCUUCUGAGUUUGAAAGCACUCAGGUCAACAGGACCCAUCUGGACAGGGGCUCUGUGAAAACGCCCAGUAAGACAAGGGAAAAGAAUAAAGAAGACCAAGAGGUAAAGCCAUCGUGGAUAAAGAAGCUCCAGCAACGGCAAGAAGGGGGGAAGCAGAACAAAGAUGGAAACAAAAAGCCAGACAACACCAAAGACAAGACUGCAGAGUGCAAGCCAGAUGCCAAGAAAAAGCAGCCAACUUCGAGCAAAGGAAAGCAAAGCAAAGAGGAAGAGAAAUGUGGACGAAAGCAGAGUAAUGGACAGAAAAAAGCAAGGCAGCCAGAAGAGCAGAGGCCUGCACAACAUCUUGAUGAUGAUUGGGAAGUUGAGCAAGAAAGCAAACAAGUCAGACAGAACCAGACUCAGAGAGAGCGAACAGGGCAUGAGAUAAGUGAUGAUUAUGAGCGAGAGAUGUCUGUUAUUAAUCUUGUGCUGGCUGCUGCAGCCAAGAGGAGGCAGGAGACUACUGGGGGACAAGCAGAGAAUGAGGAACUUGACAGUGAUGAAGAAUGGGAGUGCCUUGUGGAGGCAACUGAAGCCAGCCCUUCCCCAGAAGAUGCUAAUGAGUCGACAAGCAUGAAGCUGAUGAAUGAUGAAGCUUUUGUAGAACACACAAGGACAGCAAUGGACAAUGCCUGUGCAUUAGUGUUUGAUGGAGUGAUUGAGGGUGCAUCUAAACUACGGCUUGUACUUAGGGUCUUAAGGAACAUUCUCCUUAACAAAAGCUCUGCAAGUGACAAAUCCAUGUUCUGCAGUACCCUUGGUAUUCCCCUUAAAAUGGCUGAUCUUGUCACGCAACUGAUUACUAAACCUUCUCUUUAUAAGCAACCAUGGGUUGUGCAGGUGAUUAUUGACCUACUUAGUAUUGUCACAGCAUAUCUCAAAUACUGCAUCUUGAAAGCAGGGAAAGAUGAAAGGGUGGAUUGUUGUGGCCUACCUGAAAGCGGUAAGAUGCUGUGUAGUGUUGUUUCCGCCCUCUUGAGGUGUGAUCAAGAUAAAGAAUUCCUGCUAAGAGAUGCAAGUUUAGAGUGUGUGGGUGCCCUCUGCCAAGCGUUUGAUUGUCAUCCAGGACCCAUUCGUGAGGAGUUCUAUGACAAUCUUGCCAUGUGUGACAUUGCCAGUGUUGAUGCAAUCAUUUCAUCUCUUGCGCUUGAUCAGCCACUGGUGCAAAAACUCAAGGCCUCAACAGCAGACCCCAAUUCUCUCAAGUCUCGUGCCAAGCAGCUCCAGUCCCUGACUCGAUCCACACUCUGUGCCCUGCUUGCACCCAGCACCUCACCACACUCUCCCGCUAAACGAAACCUGGCGUCUGUGGUGGCCAAGAAGUUCCUGCAGAAAGCACAUGAAAAGCAUCUAGACGUCCUCCUUCAGUACGCAGGAAGCAGGCAGCCUGUGCCGCCUGCACUGAGCGUGGUGGCAGAGCUCUGCCUGGUAUCUAGAGAAUUCAGUAUGCAUGUUGGAGGUGAACACAAGGUGUUGGCAGCCAUGGCGUCACAUCUCCAAGGUCAGGGGCAGCAGACAAAGGCUGAGGUGCUGUGUCCCGUGAUGCAAAUCAUCUAUAAUACAAACAUGGCUUUGGGGGAAGUCCCGGUGGAGGUCACAGGUGCCUCCAAAAGCAUCUUGUCCCUCUUCCUGUCCUCUGAGGAGUUCACUGUGCAGACAUUUGCAGCAGCGUUGUUGGCACAAGUAUGGGGACCUGAUGUCAAUGACGCAGUGGAGGGGAAAACUGCUGAGCUUCUAGAUGCGUCACACAGAGCUCUCAUUGCUGCACAAACCCAGGCGGAGUCACAAGGUCUAUUUGGUGGUGCAGGAGGACACCUAGAUGGGAUCAUGACGGUGCUAUCCUUACAUCUGACAGAGAAUUACACCUCUCUGACUUCAAGCCUGGCCCUGAUACUUGGUCACCCUGUAUGGAACCUUGUUUGGGAGAGCAUGUGUCGAAUUCUUGAUAUAACCAGGGAUCUUGGUAUGAUUAUCAGUGAUCUUGAGGCGAAUGUGGUUGAUGAGGACGAGAGUACUGUUGGAAGGGUACAGUGGAAUGUCAUGUCAUUUUAUGGCCUCAUGGAGGUUACUGAACUCAGCUACCAGCUCUUUGCCAAGGUACCGGUGGAGUGUGUGAUCAAAAUGGCAGACCCAUCUGAUCACAUGAUCUGUGUACUCAGCAAGAUCCUUACUCCAGAGUUCCUCAACCAGCUUUACAAACAUAUAUGUGAGAAUGUGUGCCAAUCAAAAGAGGAGGCAACUACAGCUGCUACAACAUUCAUACUUCAGGUCGUGCGCACCUUUUAUUUGCCUUUUGCGGUUGAUUUGGAUGACGCCCUGAUGAGCGAUGCAUUGAGUGUGAUGUACAGGCAGCGACUGCUGGACCAUCUACUGGAUGUCUCUAGCGCCUAUCUCGCCGAAGAGGCUUUGGACAUGCCAAUUGGUCUCGUCUGCCGCCUCGUGCUAAGCGAUGAGAUGUUCGUCACACAAUUCGCCAAGUACGUCAUCAAGGAGAAGGCGGAGUUGUUCUUCACCUCUCUCCUAAGCACCGACUCGCCUGUCUCGAUAGUAUGUGACGUCAUCGCCAUUUUAAGUCACGUGGCACGCAGCUCGUCCGAAUACGUCAGUACUGUUAUCUCCAUUCUGGCGGGAGACCGAGGUUCAUACGAGGCGCUCUACGCAGUACUAAUGUGUCCGGACACAGCCGUAGUCGCCGGCGCGUGUGGCAUGCUUGGAAACAUCCUCAAACACUCGGCUGUCUUCUACCCAGUCUUACAGCGGACGGACACUUUAUCCGUACUUAGCGGGUGUCUCAAGUUUGAUGAUCCAAAUACACGCAAGGCGGCGAGUUACGCGCUAGGUAAUGCUGCGUAUCACAGUGACUCGUUGUACUCGCUACUCGCUCCAGUUAUUCCACAACUUGUAGAGUUAUUGACUGACUCCGUGCCCAGAACACGUGCCAAUGUCGCAGGUGCACUUGGUAACCUGGCUCGACACUCGCCAGCACUCUACCCUCAACUAAUCAAAGCACAAGCGCCGAACGGACUUCUAGAGGUGGCGUGUAACGACAGCCACUGUGAAUCACGAGACGCUGCCAUGAAGACGCUCAGGCUGUAUUGCAGAAACCCCGUAUGUAGACAGGUUCUUAUAUCAAUUGGGGUGGAGGAGCGGUUGCUUAGGCUACAGGAUAGGUCCCGGAUGUCAAGCGCUACCAGUCUCCCAUCUACGGCGUCCAGCGCUCGGUCAGACGACAGCGCAAUGAGUGAACAUUGCGCACACAUACUAAGCAAGCUAAAGUCGCGGCACAGGGAUAAGUGACUGGGGGAAAUGAUAAUAUGCAAGAAUGUGACUUGGGGAUAAUCUAAAUUGGAACUCGAACCAAGAUAAAACGUGAAUAUUUAACAAUUGUAUAUGUCGAAAGUGUCGUACCAGAACUACCAGCACAUAUUCACCGACACUUUAAGCGCCGAUGUGACUAAGCGCGCCAGAGUCUGAGGCGUGUUAGCGUCAACAAUUAGACGCCGAAAUUUUUGGUGUAUCGGAUCUAUGAACUUUGUAGCAAGCUUUUGGAAGAAAAGAACGAGCUCUAUAACUUACGGACCACUAGGGUGUUAGUCAAUCAGAGCCCGCGAUUUGUAAUAGAACAGUAGGUGAUUUCUAUUAAACAAAUGAUAUCGUA